AUGACACCAAUUUGGACACGUCAAGCCGAUCACAGAAAAGUUUUUGAGGACCUCAACGACGAUGCUGAAGCAAACUACCUCAUUAUUUUCUUACGGUUAAUAACAGCGGGCUACCUGAAGGAACACGCUGAGGAAUAUGCUCCUUUCAUCGAGAAUGUUAGCCUUGCCGACUACUGCGUUACAGAGAUUGAAUCAAUGUGGAAGGAUGCGGACCACCUCGCAGUUACUGGGCUUGUGAAUGCUAUCGGACAAAAUAUUCGCGUACAGUACAUGGACCAAAAUGCAGCUCCAAAUGGUGGAUUAUUUUAUGACUUUCCACCUGAUCAAAAAGAAGCUCCACGCAUAACCCUCCUUUACCGACCAGGUCAUUAUGAUCUUGUUUACCGCAGGUGAAU